CGUUGACCUUGGUUCAUUCGAAUUCGGCUUAGGGUUUCUAGUGUGAUUUCUAUCAAACUGAUUUUCUUGUAAUCUUGGAGCGAGUUUUCAGAGAAAUGUUUUCAGAGACGGUGAUAAAGCAGGGCCCAAAUUUUAAUUCAGUACAAUCGGAUGCUUCCGCCCCCAGAUUUUAUGAGUGGCUUUUCGAGUGUCAUGGGUUCUGGCACAAUGCGACUUUGAUCAUCGCCUCGCUUCUUUUUGUCUUUUACUUGGCAGCCCAAUCCAAGAAGAGCUUCUUGAAGUUUUCACUUGGUCGCUCUAACAUUAUAAUAUCAUAUUAUGGAUGCCUUUGGCUUGUUAGCGUCCUCAACCUUGUUUGGUGUCUUCUCCAGGUGUGGGAGUGCACUCCUGGGAAAGAGUUGGCGUGGAACUUACUAUCAUUGUUUACUACAUCUGGCAUGCUGUUUCUGGAAGUAAGCUUGUUGGCUUUUUUGCUUCAGGGAAAUAUAGCAAGCGACCCAGAAGCAUUGACCCGGACUUUUGGUAUCUCAGGGCUUAUCGUUGGUUUAGAUAUCUCAUUGAAGGCUCUAUAUCUGUUUGGAUUUGGGAUCCCAUUAUUCAUCGACAGCAAUGAAAAUAGCCAUCAUGUGAAGUGGAACUUGUGGGUUUUCCACAAGCUGCUGCUCACUGCCGUUUAUGGCUUCGUACUCUUUAUGUACCAUUCCAGGUGGAGAGAAAAGUUGCCUGCCAGGCCUGCAUUUUACAAGUAUAUUACGAUCAUGUUCAUCUUGAAUGCAAUUGCACUCUUUUCUUGCGGCCUCACGGGAAAUGGUGCUGCUUUUGGUUUCUGGCUCUAUAUUGCCACUGUUGUCUGUUACCAUGCUUUUUAUCUUCCUCUUCUGUAUAUAACAUUUCUGGCAGACUUCUUCCAGGAGGAAGAUAUGCACUUUGAGAACAUGUAUUAUUCUGAGAUGAAAGAUGCUGGUUUCUUCGAUGCUGAUUGGGAGUGAUGUGAUAUAGAGUAGAAUAUGACCUCGAUAACUAAUCGCAGGACAAUCUGGUUCACAAAAAUAUGUAGAUAAAUGUAUCUAGUGUUUUGUAUCGCAUCAUCAUUUAGAAAAGAAUGUUACUUGACAGCACAAGCCUUGAAUGAAAGGUAUGUCGGUAAAUUGCUUUCUCUAGGCACUGCCACUAUAAUGGUCUGUUAACCGUUUGAGGGGAAAAGAGAGGAGAACCACUAAUCCCCUGUACAUAUUUGUUUAAUACAAUUCUUUUAGCUCAAAAAAA